CAAGGGCGUGGCAGGCAGGCUGGUCAGUGUGCGUGCGCACACACACACACACAUCUGUGUCUUGGUGAUCAGCGUGUGCACACACACACACACACACACACAUCUGAGUUUUAGUGACCUGCCUGCACUCUUCUGGAACUAUCCAUCCUCUCUCAAACCACAACAGGACCUUCUCUCUCUAUCUCUCUCUCUCACACACACACACACAUCUCUCUCUCACACACACAUCUUACUCGGUCUACAGUGGCCCUGCGUGGAGCAGCUGCUUGAGAAGAUGGAUGAGCUGGAUGUUCCUCAGAUGCAGAGAGAAGUUGAGAGCCUGAAACAGCAACUUCAGACCAACAGAGAAAAAUCAUCUGUGAGCAUUCCAGAGUUGGUGAAGUGGAUUGAAGACGGCAUGGCCAGCGAUCCUUUCCUGAAUGCCGAUUCGCUGAGGAACAAUCCGUGGGUGGAGUCUGGGAAGUGUGUGCUUCUCUAAGCCACACCCCUCUGCCAUCGCUAUGGCAACAAAUCUCUAAUAAAGUGAUU